CCCUUGCCGCGCCACAGCCUACUUCCAAGGAUUGCGCGGGGGCUGAUGGGACUGCACCCGUCCCCAGUCACGUGACGGGGGAUGGCCGCACGGCCCCGGGGACGGCCAUUUUCUUCAAGCCCGCUAAGCCUGCGACUCCGGAGUACGAAGUCUCGGAUGCUUCCGGGUCUAACUAUCAACUCUAGGAGCAGGCAGAGGGAAGAGGCCUCCGUAGUUAGACUCAGGUGUCUGAUGCAAGGCUCCUUCACCUCCUUUUGUCUUUAGAGAGAACAAGGCUGAAGCAGCUGAACGUGGGGCUCUGGCUUUAUGCGAGUGACGCAGGCGGACGUCCGUGAAGUACGCCUGUUGUCUGUGGGCCUGGAGAACGGGCUCCUGGGGCUUUAAGCGCGCCCCCAAGGGGCGGGGUCCAGAGCGGAAGCUGUGUCGCGGGGCACCAGUCUGGCAGGUCUAGUGCGGAAGUACGGAGUCCGGCCCUGCGACCAUGGCGCAGGAAGAGGAGGAUUUCAGAGAUUACAGUUUGACUGAGGAGCAGAAGGCGGUCAAGGCCAAGUACCCUCCAGUGUGUCGGAAGUACGAAUAUUUGGACCAUACAGCAGAUGUCCAGUUACACGCGUGGGGAGAUUCCCUGGAGGAAGCGUUUGAGCAAUGUGUGAUGGCCAUGUUUGGCUACAUGACAGAUACUGGGACUGUGGAACCCCUCCAAACAGUAGAAGUAGAAACCCAAGGAGAUGACUUACAGUCUCUUCUGUUUCACUUUUUGAACGAGUGGCUUUACAAGUUCAGUGCUGAUGAAUUCUUCAUACCCCGGGAAGUGAAAGUGCUUAAUAUUGAUCAGAAAAAUUUCAAAUUACGGUCAAUUGGGUGGGGAGAAGAAUUUUCGUUGUCCAAGCACCCUCAGGGAACAGAAGUCAAAGCGGUAACAUACUCGGCAAUGCAGAUCUACAAUGAAGAGAAGCCGGAAGUGUUUGUGAUCAUCGACAUAUGAGACACCGGGGAGGGGAUAAGACCCGGCGCUGCCCUGAAGGAAGGCCUCUCUCUCUCUUGAGAAAAUGCCAUGAUUUAAAUUCUGCAUAUCUGUUGAUAUAUGGAAAUUCACGAACAGAAAUUAAGUGUGGCUUUCAGAAAUGGAAAACGGGCACAGCCGUGGUCCCUGACUCCCACACUUUCAGACUACACACUUCUCACGGGGCAGUGACAGCUCCUCAGCUGACAGCUCCCCACUGGGGACAGGGCCCGCUGGCCUCCCAGCAGGCUGCAGUCCCUUCGGCAGGGCGCCAGAGACCCUCACUAAUGUAAGCGGCAGCCCAGGCCUGGAUCCCGUUUGAGGAAGGAUAAUUGCAAAAAUACAUGUUUACACCUGG